AUGUGGCCCGUGCUGCCAGAAUUUGAAAUGGUGUGGAAUGUCACUGCAUGCAAGCUCUACCUCGUGCUCAAGAAAGAACUUGAUCGUGAGGUUGAGCCCAACUACAAAUUCAGCAUCAUUGCAAGGGAUGGAGGAGACGAACCAAACACUGGUUCCCUCGGUGUCAUUAUUAAUGUACAAGAUGUGAACGACAACGAUCCGCUGUUUGAAGAAUCCGUAUACUUUGCUAUAAUUCCGGAAAGCACAAAGAUAUCCUCUCAAAUCAUUCAGUUUCGUAACUCGAGAAGAGAUGUCAAUUUGAUUGCAAACAGUUUUGAUAAAGAGGUAGAAAGCACUGCUGAUAUUGGGAACUUGGCUUGA